AUGAGCAGAAGCGGACAAGGAGACCAAGGACAGUUGACAAAGACAAUAAUAGUCACAGGAUUCAACGAUCAAAAGCAUCAGGAGGAAGUAAAGGAUAGGAUUAAGAAGAAGUUUGAAAUAAAGGAAAUCUAUACCAUUCAAAAUGACUACAGGGUGCUCUGCAUACUCUUCUAUGAUGAGCGGCGAGCAAGAGAAGCAAUUUCCUAUCUCAAGGGAUCUGAAGACCUUUCAUCCUAUCAUAUAAUAAGCAAAUACGAGAUUCCUAGAGAUAUGGACAAGUGCGAUGAGUCCAGAAACCAAAGUACACUACUAUUUACUUUCAAGAACUUGACAGGGUCUGUUGAUGAUAAAGAGUUUUCUGAAGAGGUUAGUAAGUUUGGAGAGGUAAAGGACAUCCGAUACGUCAAAACACAUCAAAGAUGUGUGGAGUUCUAUGACUCAAGGAAUGCGAUUGCAGCCUUCCAUGGGAUGAAUGAGUUGAAGUUUAUGGAUGGAGUAAUCCAAGCAAAAUGGGUCUGGGAUCUUUCCACAAAGACAAGAUGGGAACUUAUAAGACUAACCGAUAGCAUUUUGAAGGAAUGCAAGCUGGAAAUAAAAACACCUGCAAAGAGAGAAAGUGAGGAUAGCAGAGAAGAGAUGAAGAAAAAGAGAAGGGCUCAGGAUAAUGGUGGUAUGCAUAUGAAGAAUAUAUUUCUGCAGAAGUUUGAUGCCUUUAUUGCAUCCAAUAUUGAUUAUAUAAGCGAAGGAUAUAUCGAUGAUUAA